AUGUUGGUAUUACUGGCUGGUAUCUUUUUGGUCCACAUCGCCACAGUUGUUAUGUUAUUUGUUUCCACCAUUGCCAAUGAAUGGGUGGCUUCAGAUAGUGGAAAAUUCUCAGUAGGUCUCUGGAAAAAUUGUACGGAGGGCAACUGUGAUGGAGCCUUGUGGUAUGGUAAUGAAGACGCCCUCAAGGCAGUUCAGGCCUUCAUGAUCCUGUCCAUCAUCUUCUCCGUCAUCUCUCUCGUGGUCUUUGUGUUCCAGCUCUUCACCAUGGAGAAAGGAAACCGAUUCUUCCUCUCAGGGGCCACCAUGCUGGUGUGCUGGCUAUGCAUUAUGGUUGGGGUGUCCAUCUACACUCAUCACUACGCGAAUGGUUACGGCACCAAUUAUAUCUCGGGCAGUCACCAUGGCUAUUGCUUCAUUCUGACCUGGAUCUGCUUCUGUUUUAGCUUCAUCAUUGGCAUUCUCUAUCUGGUCCUGAGAAAGAAAUAA